AUGUCUUCAUUUCAUCAGACGCAUGUACAACUGGAUCAACAAGUUAAACUUCGUCAAGAACAAAUAUCCAUAGAAACAAAGAAAGUCAUUGAAUAUAUAGAAGAAUCUGUUCUACUCAAACAACAAACUCUUCUAGAUGAAAUCAAUAAAGAACAGAAAACACAAGAGGAAGAUUAUCGUUCGAAAUUACAACUAUUUAUUGAGAAACUAGAUAAAGAAAAAGCAGCGACACUAGCUGAAUUGAAAUCAUCAUUUCAUAAGAGAAACGAAUUUAUUUUAUCAGAAUCACGACUGAAAAUAGAUAAACUUAAUCAACAAGCCUAUCAGGCUAAAAUUAAUGUUAUGAUUGCUGAACAACAAUUGGCCAUGACUAAAAUAGAUCUAAUUAAAAAACAAGUACAAAUUAUUUCAGAUGAUGUAGCACAGAGGCAUUUUGCCAGUAAAACAACAACAACAGUUAUAGUUACCUCUGAUGGAUGUAAUCCAGUUGAGACUAUCAAUGCUUAG